AUGGCACCCUGGACAAUAGUCUCCCUACAUGCGGAGAGAAUGCAUGCAUGGAAGGAUGAGUCGUGGGAGAUGAGUGGAAAACAUGCAGAAGGACAUUCAUGUAGGCAUCACGUGAACUUGGUUUCUUUGUUACCUCGUCACAGAAGGGCGCACACUGAAGGACUUGCAUACCUUGUCGCUGGAACACAUACAAUGGAUGCAAUAGCUAAAGAUGAUGUACUGUCACGGUGUAAAAUAAUUGCUGAACCAUGGGACUGUGGUGGACUUUAUCUAGUGGGAAAGUUUCCAAAUUGGGACCGGUGGGCAGAAUGGAAUGGAAGGUACCGCGAUGAUAUUCGUAAGUUCAUAAAGGGUGAUUGCAGUAUGAAAGGUAGCUUUGCAACUCGUGUAUCUGGGUCUGCAGAUUUGUAUCAGGCAAAUAAACGCAAACCCUACCACAGCAUCAAUUUUAUCAUUGCACAUGAUGGGUUUACACUAUAUGAUCUUGUUUCCUACAAUUAUAAGCAUAAUAAUGCUAAUGGAGAAGGUGGCAAUGAUGGAUGCAAUGACAAUUACAGCUGGAAUUGUGGUUUUGAAGGGGAAACAAAUGAUGUUAAUGUUUUAAGUCUACGUUUACGGCAAAUGAAGAACUUCCAUUUAGCAUUGAUGAUUUCUCAGGGAACACCAAUGAUGCUAAUGGGGGACGAGUAUGGGCAUACUCGCUACGGGAAUAAUAAUAGCUAUGGACAUGACACUUCCAUAAAUCAUUUCCAGUGGAAACUGAAGGAUGUUACUUGGCACGAGGACAAUUGGGACAACCAUGAAAGCAAGUUCUUAGCUUUUACGCUUCAUGAUGAUCAAUUUGGAGGCGACAUCUAUGUAGCAUUUAAUGCACAUGAUUAUUCUGUGAAAGUUACCGUACCUUCACCACCUCAAAAUAAGCAAUGGCAUCGAGUGAUUGAUUCAAAUCUAGAAUCCCCCAAAGAUUUCAUUCCAGAAGGCAUAUUAUUCACCAAUCCCUGUUACAAUGUUGCUCCAUAUUCUUCAAUUCUCCUGGAGGCAAAGCCUUGAACACCUACCAUCUGCUUAUGUGGAGUCCACAGCUGCAUCAAGAGUCAACAUAAAAUAGUUUUCCGCAAAUAUAGACAUCCUUUUCAGGAAGGGUAAGUGCAUCUGUACGUCUCAGAUGUUCACAUUUUGUAUACGUUUUGUAUUGUUCAAAUGAGUGUAUUAGAACUCAUAAUAAAAACCUAUUAAAUUCAUGCUUAGAAACAAUAUCUAAAACCGAUCUGUUACAUAUAAAUUGUUGUUUUAGGUGGUUUUUUGGUCCGCUCAAUAAUUACCAAGAACAAUACCCUUGUAAAUAUUUGUUAACCUCUUGCAGAAUGUUGCAAUAAAUUGUUUGGUUCCUCAAAGUUAA